AAUGGCAAAACUUAAGACAAAUAUAUUAAGAAUACACCUAGAUGCUCAAUUUGAUAAAUAUCUAUUAUAAAAUAAAGGGUCAUAAUUUAGAUUCUUUUAAAUUUAAGUUUUAGAUAAGGACGAUGAUCAUUUUUAUUUAUAAAAUGGAAAAGUGUUUAAUAAUCUCAAAAUAUAGACACAAUCCAUAGUUAGGAAUCAAAGAAAAUUAUUUUUUGAAUGUAAUUGGGGGUGUUCUAAUAGAAAUUUAGAGAGAGAACUGAUUGGGAUUGAAGAAAGAGUUAAAUUUAUAGAAAAGCUGGAAUAAUAAUAUAUAGUGAAGAUUACAAUACAUAUAUCUAGUCUUAUAUAGAUGUUGAACAAAUUUAAUAUUCAUUAUUUAAUUAAGCUGAUAUUUAUUUUUUUGAAUUUGAAGUUAUUUAUAUAAUAAAUAUAAAUAUCUCAUUAAAAAUUAUGAAUUUAACAAUAGAACAAUCGUAAGAGAUUAUUAAGUAAUGGUUUCAAGGACCCGAAAAUAUAUAUAAUUACAAUGUUCUAACGUAUCCGUCAUAUGAAUAAUAAGUAUUUGUGUAAAACAAAGUAGGCAUACAUCUAAACGUAACAUUAAUUAUAUGAAUUGUGUAAAUAAUAUCAAAAUUAGCAGGAUUUAUAAAAGAAUCUAUUUUAGUUUAGUGAUUAACAUAAAGCUAUCAUAUAUGUUAUGUUUUUAACUCCUAAAUAUUAAAGAAGUGUAAAAUAAAUUAAUUAUUUAGCUAUUUGAUUUAAUGAAUAUAAAUGGGUUUCAUAAUAUUAUUGCAUUUUAUUAAGAAUUUAGUCACUUCAUAAAUACUCAGUAUCAUUUAUUGAAAGAUCAUAAUAAAUUGCAAAUAUUUGAGAUAAUGAAAUUAUUCUUGGAAAAUCCCCUUGAUUAAUUGGAAGAAUGUUUUAAAAGCUUUUUAAGAAUAUGCAUAAUAUAUCCUCAUAAUUAAAAUUUCAUUUAGCUAUUAGAAUUCUUAAACUUUCUAUUUGAUUAACACAAAUCUAUUAUAGCAAAGCCAAAUUUAGCAGCAUUAUUAUUUUAUAAAUAUUUAUUGAUUUUAAAUAUUGAUGAUUAUUACAAAAUUUAAUAAAUACAUCAUAAAAAGAUAAUUGAUUUUAUGAUUGAAAUAUGGCAACUUUAUCAAUAGUAAAUUUUAUAUUUUGGUAGAGAAUUAUUAAUAAAUUUGUAAACUCCAUUUUAAUAUUCAGAAUUACAGAUUUUAUUUUUCAAUUUAAAUAUAAUAAAAUAAAAUCUACCAAUUUCACAUUUGAUAGCUAAUUAAACAACAACAACAGGAGCUUAUAAAGCAAGUUAUUAAUUAGCCUUACCUUUUGAAGUAGAAUAAAGAAUAGGAUUUGCAAUAUCUUCAUAAAUGCCAUUAGAUAGUAUUUAAACAUUUUUGACAAUGAUUUUUGAGAAAUAUGGAUAUCAUAUCAAUUUUAUUGGAGCAAUAGUUAGAAAUAUUGUUUGUGGUUAUCAUUUUGAUGAAACAGAAGUGAUCUAAAAUAAAAUUGCAGAUUUUCUAUUAUUAAUAUAUGAAAUUGCAGAUUUGUAAGGUGAAAAAUGGCCAAUCUUUUUGAAAUUUAUCUAUUCUGACAUAUUCUUUAUGACAAAGUAAUUGUUAAAUUUAUAAUUUAAGAGAUUUUAAGGAUGAUCACAAUAUCUAAGCAGGUUUAUAUUUCUUAAAAAAACUUUAUCAUAAAUAAAUGUAUAAUGAAUUAUAAGGGGCUUUAUGGUUUAUAUUUUAAACAUUUGAAGUUAAUGAGUAAUUAAAAAAGAAAGUAUAACCCUAAUUACUUUCACUUAGUUCUCAUAAUAUAUUUUAAAAGUUAUUGGAAGACCCAAAUAUAAAAGAAGCAGUAAAAUGCAAAAUACAUGAAUAUUUUUUAAAAUUAAUUUGUAACUAAUAUUAAGGGCCUGGUGGAUUGAGUUAUGAUUAAUCUGUUUUUGCAUUAUAUACUGUUGAUGAUUUAGAUACUCCUCAAGUAGUAAAUUUUUGUGAGGAGGAUAGUAAUAUGGAUAAUUCAUUCUUAGCUUAAAGUUAAAGAAAUUCUUAAUCAAAUUAAUAAAAUGAUAUUAUGUUAGAAGAAUCUGAAAAUAUAAAUACAAUUUAAAUAGAUAUUACAUUACAAAAGAUUUUAGAAAGAGAAAAAUUAGAUUCUAUAUUUUAAUAUCCUGAAUAAGAAUAAAACUUAAUUAGAUUAUACAAUUUUUUCAAUAAAUCUAUUCAACCAGAUGUUAAACAUGUUUUUCUUUAGGAAUUGACCAAAAUAAUUACUAUUUUGUAUGAAGACUAAUUUUAUGAUAUUAAUUAUGGUAUUGUUUUUGAUUUUAUUUAGAAUAUUAAUUUAAUUGCUUGAUAACAUUAUUACAAAUUAAUUUCAAUUAAGAGAGUUUAUUAUUCGAUUUAAUCAAGAGUUUGAUUUCUUCUGAAUAAUUUAGUAUUCAUUAUUUAUUUUUGGUAUAUUUUGAACAUAAAACAAAAUCAAUACAUUUAGAAAAAUUGAUAAUGCAAUCUUAAGAUUAGAUAAUAAAGUCUUUUAAAAUUAUUCAAAAUCUUAUAUCAAUAUAAAGGAGUUAAAUGAUUUUUGAAGAAAUUUUAUAAAAUUACCAAUUAUGUUCUAACAUAGAAUUUGUUUUUAAUCUUAUAGUAAUUACAAAUAUUUAAACCAUUUAAAAAGCAGGAAAUAGAAUUUAAACAUUGUUUUCUAGUAAUAAUUUUUCAAUUUUAUACUUCUUAAAGAAAAUUCAUUAGAUAGAAAAUCUAUAACUUUUUAGUUUUAUAGAAGAUUUAAUUAAAAAGAUAAUUAAGUACAGAUAACUAUGAUAUUUAGACUUGAUGAAAAUCAAAAAGACUUGAAUAUUCUGAUAGAUCAAAUAUUUAUAAAUAUUGAAAAUCCUAACAAGAUAUUUUGGGAAGUAUAUACUUAAGUAUUUCAAUUAUUAUUAUAAUACAAGAGAAUAUCUGAAGUAAAAUAAUAGCUAAAAAUAUUUAGGAUAAUUUGAUAUAAUUUUUUAUGAAUUGCUUUGUAAAUUCAAAUAAAUAUUGUGAGGGAGUUUCUGAAAUAUUUUUAAUGACUCCAAAUACAUUAAAAACCUUUAUUUUUAAAGCCAUGACCAAACAUUUGGAUAAAACUAAAAAUUUUGAAUCGGUAGAGAUUAUAUUAAAACAUUUGAUCAAGGAUUCAAAAAAUGUAAGUUUUAAGAACUCUCUUCAAAAUAAUUUAGAAAAUUAUAUAAAAUAAUAAGAGAAGAAAUGA